CUUCUAUAAGCAAGGGAAUGAUAGAAUGAUGCACGAUUCUGCAGGUUAGACGAGCCGCUGACAAAGACAGGCCUCUAUUCUAAAUUUUUACUUGCAAAGAUGGACCAUCAGCUACAUAAUAUGUUGGCUAAACUCUCACAGGUUUGGAGUCGACCAAGGAAGUCACAGUUUAAGAGCUCGAGGAGGAGGGGCGUGUGGAGGUUCCCGCCGCCAGUGGCUGCACUGCUGGUCUUCGUCGCCUGCUCCUGUCAGAUCCAGCAUGACCUACCCUAUCGGUUCUCCGUCGCUUCACUCUGCUUCAUGUGCAUAUGUGCAGAGAAGAUGACGACCCCGCCCCUGUUCUUCGCCAGCCACACUCUCCCUUAUGCGGAACGAUUUUAUUGCUCGAGUAAGAUAUGUAUUUACCAAAGAACAUGAGAAGGGCAAGUUUUUAUACAUUGGAACUUUCAUUACCCCCAGUAUUUUAGUCCUUUUCCUUGCAUCUUGCUCCCAGGAAUCCUUGAGUGUAUAGGUUCUCUCCAUUGAAACCGUUUAGGUAGAAUAUACUUAUGGUGGUAUAGUUGUUUUACCAGUAUUAUAAUUCAGCUGUGCAAAAUUUAAUUGCGGCUGUAAGGAUUCAGGUUUGUCUCAUGGUAAACCUUAUCAGUUAGACCUGGUAAAAGUUGAAUACUGCAUCCAUUUAUAUUAUAUUCUGCUGAAUAAUAUAUCAAAUUAUUCGUCUCUUUUACGGCGGUUUGCUAACUUAUUUUGCAUAGCAUUUCUAACAGCAUCAAAUGUGUUCUUCGAUGAAUCCUAAACAGAUAUAGACGUACAUCUUUGAUUAGGCCGCCUAAUUAGUUUACUUUAUCUAAUAGAUUGAAAGUUUUUUGGUUUCUAUUUAUGGUGAAACAAAUGGGUUCCUCACAAUUUAGUUGAUGGUAAAGAGUUAGUGAAGCCGACAUUCCAAAUUACUUUACUAGAUUAAUCGUAUUGCACUUACCUUUCAUAGAAUAUGAAUAUUUACUUUGUUUUUCAUAUCACAUCUUUAAGAUAUUUAGUUGAAUCUGCUUCUAUUGGCACCCAAAAGUUUAUCAAACUAUUUUACUUUUCCUUUAUGCAGCAUUGAUUUACAAAAAAUACUCAACCUUAUU